CUUAGUGACAGCUGACGUGACGCUGCCGCUGGGUGUGUUUUGAUUGGUCUGAUUCCCUGGACUUUUCCAGAAAUGUGUAGAGUUUGAACGGGUGCGCGUUCUGGUGUAUUUAAAGAGAGGACGGCAGACACUAACAAAACUCAUCUGAAGAGGAGCGAUCUGUGAAGCAAGCGAAAAAAAACCCAGUCUGAACUGACUCUUUCCGCGGCGAGGUGUAAAUUAAUUUUAAGAAUCUAGUCUACGUUACUUGUAACCAAACAUGUCAUCAGCAAAAGGAGUAGCUAUUGGAAUUGAUCUGGGCACCACCUACUCCUGUGUGGGGGUGUUUCAGCAUGGAAAGGUGGAGAUCAUCGCCAAUGACCAGGGGAACAGAACAACACCCAGCUAUGUUGCCUUCACAGACACAGAGAGGCUCAUUGGAGAUGCAGCUAAAAACCAGGUGGCCAUGAACCCCAACAACACUGUGUUUGAUGCUAAGAGGCUGAUUGGCAGGAAGUUUGAUGACCCAGUUGUGCAGUCUGACAUGAAGCACUGGUCCUUCAAAGUGGUCAGUGAUGGAGGAAAACCAAAGGUUCAAGUCGAAUACAAAGGAGAAAACAAGACAUUUUAUCCUGAAGAAAUUUCCUCUAUGGUCCUGGUGAAGAUGAAGGAGAUCGCUGAAGCUUAUCUGGGGCAGAAGGUGACAAAUGCAGUUAUCACAGUUCCUGCCUAUUUCAAUGACUCCCAGAGGCAAGCCACUAAAGACGCCGGAGUAAUCGCCGGGCUCAAUGUCCUCAGAAUCAUCAACGAGCCCACAGCUGCAGCCAUCGCCUACGGCCUUGACAAAGGCAAAGCAGCAGAACGCAACGUCCUGAUCUUUGACCUGGGUGGAGGCACCUUUGACGUGUCCAUCCUGACCAUUGAAGAUGGCAUCUUUGAGGUGAAGGCCACAGCCGGAGACACUCAUCUGGGUGGCGAGGACUUUGACAACCGCAUGGUGAAUCACUUUGUAGAAGAAUUCAAGAGGAAGCACAAGAAGGACAUCAGUCAGAACAAGAGGGCACUGAGGAGGCUGCGUACAGCGUGUGAGCGAGCCAAGAGAACCCUCUCCUCCAGCUCUCAGGCCAGUCUUGAGAUCGACUCGCUGUACGAGGGCAUCGACUUCUACACGUCCAUCACCAGAGCGCGCUUUGAAGAGAUGUGCUCAGACCUCUUCAGGGGAACGCUUGAGCCUGUGGAGAAAGCCCUGAGAGACGCCAAGAUGGACAAGUCUCAGAUCCAUGACAUCGUUCUGGUUGGUGGAUCAACAAGAAUCCCAAAGAUCCAGAAGCUUCUGCAGGAUUUCUUCAACGGCAGGGACUUGAACAAGAGCAUCAACCCAGAUGAGGCAGUGGCUUAUGGUGCAGCGGUGCAAGCCGCUAUCCUCAUGGGUGACACAUCUGGAAAUGUCCAGGACCUGCUGCUGCUGGAUGUGGCUCCUCUGUCCCUGGGUAUUGAAACCGCAGGUGGAGUCAUGACGGCCCUCAUCAAACGCAACACCACCAUCCCCACCAAACAGACCCAGACCUUCACCACCUACUCUGACAACCAGCCCGGUGUCCUGAUCCAGGUGUAUGAGGGAGAGAGGGCCAUGACAAAAGACAACAACCUGCUGGGUAAAUUCGAGCUCACAGGAAUUCCACCUGCACCACGUGGAGUCCCGCAGAUUGAAGUGACCUUUGACAUCGACGCCAACGGAAUCCUAAAUGUGUCCGCGGUGGACAAAAGCACUGGAAAGGAGAACAAGAUCACCAUCACCAAUGACAAGGGCAGACUGAGCAAAGAGGAGAUUGAGAGAAUGGUGCAGGAAGCAGAUAAGUACAAAGCUGAAGAUGAUCUGCAAAGAGAGAAGAUUGCUGCCAAAAACUCCCUGGAGUCUUACGCCUUCAACAUGAAGAACAGUGUGGAAGAUGAGAACCUGAAAGGCAAGAUCAGCGAGGAUGACAAGAAGAAAGUCAUAGAGAAGUGCAACCAGACUAUCAGCUGGCUAGAGAACAACCAGCUGGCUGAUAAGGAGGAGUAUGAACAUCAGCUGAAGGAGCUGGAGAAAGUCUGCAACCCAAUCAUCACUAAGCUUUAUCAGGGAGGGAUGCCAGCUGGAGGCUGUGGAGCUCAGGCACGUGGAGGAUCAGGGGCCGCUUCCCAGGGACCAACUAUUGAAGAGGUGGAUUAAAGCACCUUAUGAACUGAAUGGUGCAGGGACUGAUAUCAAUCUCUUCUCUUUGGUUCUUCCAUUUUUUUUCAGACCUCGUUACAUUAUGAUUCCUUUUUUACCCCCCUGAUGCUCACACUCUCCAUCUGCACUCCAUCUGAAGACAUUUUGCUACUAAAAAAAAAAAAAAAAGUGUUAAACUUGACAUUUAGUCAAUAUGUUUUGACUUUUAAAAAUAAGCUUGAAAAGAGGAGAUACAUUUUUUUAUUUUCAUGUUUUUUUACAGUUACAUGUUGAUAAAUGUGGUGGUAAAACUAUGUAAAUAAAAUGUUUAUUAUUUAUUUCAAA